AUGCCGAUAUAUGCCAAGUUUAUGAAAGAUCUCUUGUCAGGUAAGAGGAAGCUUAGGGAUGACGAGAAUGUUGCCUUGUCUGAGGAGUGUAGUGCAAUUUUGCAAAGGAAGCUUCCCCCGAAGUUGAAAGACCCUGGGAGUUUCACUAUUCCGUGUUCAAUUGGUAAGGUAAAUAUUGAAAGAGCUCUUUGUGAUUUAGGAGCUAGUAUUAAUUUGAUGCCGCUAUCCAUGGUAAGGAAGCUUGAUUGCGGGGAACCUAAGCCAACAAAAAUGACUCUGACAUUGGCUGAUCGCUCCAUCACGUAUCCCUAUGGAGUUCUUGAAGACGUGUUGGUAAAAGUUAAUGAUUUAUUUUUUCCAGCCGAUUUUGUUAUACUUGAUAUGAAUGAAGAUUCAGAAAUCCCCUUAUUGUUGGGAAGACCAUUCUUGGCUACCGGUAGAGCGUUGAUAGAUGUGGAGUUAGGUGAGCUACUGUUGAGGUUUCAAAAUGAACAAGUGACUUUUAAUGUAUUUGAGUCUAUGCGUCAUCAGAAUGAAAACCCUCAAUGUUACCGGGUUGGUGUAGUUGAAGAGUUAGAGGAGGAAAUUGCUCAAGAUGAGCCACCAAUUAGAUCAAUUGAGCAAGUUAAUGUUCUUGUUGAAGAAAACAAAAAGAAGGGAGGAAGUAUGAAACAGAUGAAAGCUCCUAUUGAAACUCCAAAAACACCUCUGAAAAAGAAAAGAAAAAAAUGGAGGAACAAGUUGGAGAGGUUUAGGAAACUGACACUUGAAAAUUUGGUCUUUGUUUCUAAAAAGGAUGAUAUAUGCACCAAGAAGGAAGAAACCAAGGUUGGAAUAACUAUCAAGUAUACACCCUAA